ACCGUUCUGCUUUUCUUGUUCCAUCACCGCUUCAGAGAAAAGCAACACCCCGGUGCUGAAUCUGGCACCUGGUGCCGCACCUGCCGCCAUCAUAAACUAAGAAGAACAUGAUAACACAGGGUUGUCAUUCCAUCUAGACGGGCGUCUUACCUCAGUUUUAAGACGGGAGGUACAAUGAGUGACGAGCCGCCAGUCACACCCAGCUGGCUAACCCCUGACCCCACGGGGUGGGCUAGCAGUGGUGGGGGGCCACUGGAAAACACAACCAUGGGGACAUUCUCACCAGCAGACUCCCUCCCCCCCAGCCAGCUCCCCCUCCUGGUCAACCCCUGGGACAUCGUGCUGUGCUCCUCGGGGACGCUCAUCGCCUGCGAGAACGCCCUGGUGGUGCUGGUGAUCUGGCAGAACUCUGCCCUGCGAGCGCCCAUGUUCCUGCUGAUCGGCAGCCUGGCCCUGGCAGACCUGCUGGCCGGGCUGGGGCUGGUGCUUCACUUCACCUGUGCCUACCUGCUGCAGUCCGACUCGGCCCAGCUGCUCACCGUGGGCCUGGUGGUGGCCUCCUUCUCCGCCUCCGUCUUCAGCCUGCUGGCCAUCACCAUCGACCGCUACCUGUCUCUGUACUACGCUCUCACCUACAACUCGGAGCGCACGGCUGCGUUCACCUACACCAUGCUGGUGCUGCUGUGGGGGUUGUCCCUCUGCCUGGGCCUGCUGCCCGUCACCGGGGUCAACUGUCUGGACGAGGAGUCCACCUGUAGCGUGGUGAGACCGCUGACCAAGAACAAUGUGGCGGUGCUCUCCGUCUCCUUCCUGUUCCUGUUCGGCCUCAUGCUGCAGCUGUACGUGCAGAUCUGCAAGAUCGUCAUGCGUCACGCCCACCAGAUCGCCCUGCAGCACCACUUCCUGGCGGCCACGCCCCACUACGUCACCACCAGGAAGGGCGUGUCCACGCUGGCCAUCAUCCUGGGCACCUUCGCCGCCUGCUGGAUGCCCUUCACGGUGUACUCGCUCAUCGCAGACUACACCUACCCGCCGCUCUACACCUACGCCACCCUGGUGCCUGCCACCUACAACUCCGUCAUCAACCCCGUCAUCUACGCCUUCCGGAACCAGGAGAUCCAGAAGGCCCUGUGGCUGGUGUGCUGCGGGUGUGUGCCAGCCAGCGUGGCCCACCGGACACGGACCCCCAGUGAUGUCUGACCCUGGUGGGGAGGCAGGUGCCCUGGGUGUUGGCUGCUACACUGCUCUGUGGGGAGGCCAGUUCAAGCAGCAGCAGCAGCAGAAGGAGGAGGGGUAGGGGGGUCAUUUGCAUGGCUCUGUGUAGAGGGCUUGUUUCAGCCACAGUAUUACAGCUCAGGCAACUGCAAGAGCUGUGAAGUCUAUCAAUGGCCUGGCUGGAUGGCGCUGGCAGUAUUUGUUUAUGCUCCACAACGGGCAACGUGUCUCAGUGUCUUCCCCCUAUGAAAUAUACUAGCCGCCACCCAACGUGUUCCAUCCCUCGUGCCCCCGCUGGUCCAGGCCGAGCCACGCCCUGGUCUGCCGAUGGCGCUGUGACAAGUGGAUGCGUCGCUUGGCAGUCAACAGCUGUACAUAGAAUGUGUAUACGGUUUUAGCAUUCUAGAGCUUUUGUUGAUGUGAGCUUUUCUAUCUUCACACGAGAGGAGAUUAUUAUUAUUAGACUAUUAAAGAUGUGCCACAGUGCGUGCGUGCGUAAACGAGCACAGCAGAUUAAGAACUCACGUGUUUGUGCUAAUGUGUCGCAUGGGUAGAGAAAAGAGAGAUGGGGCCAACAAAGAUGCAGCCAUUUCCACAACGAAGGCCGGCUGAGGCUGGAGCAUCGCGUCUCGCUGCACUCCGAACGUGCGUGGAAAGCUAAACAACCACAGAGAGCUAAAAAUAGCUCGGACGCUCUCUGAUCCGCGCCUUGAGUCCUCCACAGACACGAAGGAAAGAAAUCAAGCCGGAGCGAGAUUCUCCCCCCACCAUCUCUCUUCAUUUUAAAAUGUGCUUUAAAAACCCGCACCCUGGAGCGUUUGCGAAUGUAUGAUACUGUUUUCCUUGCCAGUUGUGUAAGGUGAAAAUAAGCCUGCCGAUAUUCACCGAUCGAUGCCCCAAACGCGUUCAAUUAACCCCCCUCUAAUGCCUUUGGAUUAUUACAAUGUGUGAUGAUGUAAUGCUAUUUUAUCACCCCUCCGCCCUUUUUGUCAUUGCAUGAACCAGGCCUCACGUGUUUAGCGUUCACUUGAAUGUAAGGGAUUAUGAAAGGACUCAAGCUAAGUGCUCAUGCCCACUGGCUUGGAAAACGUUGGGAGUUGAAUGUAGGGCCUAUUUUCAUUCGGCCGUUUUUUUUCACUCAUGAGGCUUGAAAUGACCCCCAUCAUCCAAUGGUCUGCCUGUCUGGACACUUGUAAUGAAGCAGUGGACUCUGUUUCACAGCUCUGCAUUCAUUUUUAAAUGUUUAUUGUUAUCUACAGUUCACAUACAUUAUCACACAUCAUAUUAUCAGCUUCUCUGUACCUCAUAUCUCUUGCAAAAAAACAAUCUGAGCUACAAUCAUCAAUGGAUGCUAAACCAAUCAGAGUGACUGCUAUGGCGAUACCAAUGUGCUGCAAAGUAUCCUAUUAGAUGAACCCUGCCCGACCUCACUCCACUCAGCAAACCAUGUGAACACAGCUGGGUAUCCCAGGACGAUCAGGAGGACGCAGCCCUAUGAUGCUACAGCUUGUAAUAUCAGUGUGUUUGGAUGGGACAGCCAGUGAAAUGUUCCUUUCUUCCUACUCUGACUUCCUUCUUGCCUCAUCUCACCUCUAGUGCAUCAGGAACCUCCUGUCUCCCCAGAGUUCGAAUGUGGAAGCCUGGUGUUUUCUCUCUUAAUCCUAGUCAACACUCUUCAAUGUCCACACUACCAGACCACAAGUGUUGGUUAACCUGAGCUACAGGAACCCCUUCAUCUUUGCUGGGAAGCAUCUCCCAGGGUCCAGGGUUGGGGGAUUGAAGGCGAUGUGCAGACCAGUGAAUCUGUGUCCGUCCAGAGGACACCCUCAUUCUGCCAGAUCAUAUCAGUGAGCAGCAAUAACUAGCCUGGCCGCUAGUUAUUAUCCAUCUGAUGGAAAGCAAUACUCAAACAGCAAUAACUGUCUCCCCAUUCCCCCCGGCAACAUGACCACCUCCUGCAAAUGAAAUACGUCAACAACCAUAUUCCUGACACACCCACAAGGAUGCCUAAUAACGUCUUACAUAUGACCAUUCAGAGCUAAAAACUCCUAUCUUUAGGACCUAUAGACCCCAAGAUCUUUCCAAAUGGGAUUCAAGGGACUGUAUCACUUUGUUGACUGCCAUUAUUACAUGUUAUCAUGAUUCACUAUGAUGUCACUGCCUCAUUGUCCUCCAAGAAGUAUUCUCUAUGAUCAGGCUUCAGUCAUUCCUAGUAUCUGACAAUGGUUUUCCGUUGCAUCGGCCUUUUUGAGCAUAAGAAGUGUUUUUGAGUGUUGUAUUCUGAAGUGUCUGUGAGUAUGUGAAUAAGGACAACUUUUGUGUGUACUGCAGUAUGAGUUGCAUGGUGUCUGAGUGUGUGCAUGUGUGUGUGUGUGUGUGUGUGUGUGUGUGUGUGUUUGUAAUCAGUAGCUGCACGUCUAUCACCGGAUAGAUCUGAGGAAGGACUUCCUGUGUGACCCUGUGACCUUCUAGGGGUUUGGCUUCCAGUCUUCCCAGUGUACUGAGAGCUUCUGGCUCGUAGGACUAGAUGACGAGGGAUUUAAACACACAAUUGACUUUCCAGGAGCAUUCCAGCACUUCAAGCCAAAACUGGAUGGAGUGCAGA